CAAGCACACUAGUAGUACCAAGGCAGGCUGCCUCCAUGGACGCGGUGGAGUCAUCGUCGCCCUACUCCCCGCCCUCGCUGCGCCACAAGCUGAGGACGACCAUCUGCGGCUGCUUUGGAUCACCAUCGUCACCGGGCAGCGGCGCCGAGAGACCGCACACCGGCGGCGGCAGGGCCAGGUGGAGGCGGCGCGUGGCGGCCGCGGGGGAGUUCAGGUACGACCCUCUCAGCUACGCGCUCAACUUCGACGACGGCGUGGAAGCAGAGGAUGCGGCCUUCCGGCACAGAAACUUCAACUCGCGCCUCCCUCCCUCGCCGGUGCCGGCCUCCCGAGCCGUAGCCAUCGGCUAAAGUCCUGAAUCGUAGUAGCGGUCGUCCUUUUUAACUUUUUGUAGCUUCUGGCUCUCUGAUUUUUCUUCUUCUCUGAGCGAGACUGAAUCACUGCAUCUGUAAAAGCAGUUUAUUAUACGGCCGGGGAAACAUAGGUACC